ACGUGCGCGGGCGCAGGCUGUAUUGUAUUGUUUACGUCCGCCGUGAACGGUCAUGUACAAAGAAAAUAUAAUAACAUGAAACGAUCGUCAUAAUACGUACUCCUUGACAGUUACCAAAAUUUAAAUUAGGAACGUAUGUGACUCGGACUUUGGAAUUGCGUUUGGUGAAGUUUAAUUGGUUUGAGUUGAAUUCGAAAUGUUGGGGAAAAAUGCGAAACUUUUCUUCGGUCUGUCUGUGUGCGCUUUGAUAGUUUCCAUUAUAUUGGCGGUAUGGGGCUUCCCGAAGAUCGUCAGUCGGCAGAUACAAAAGGGUGUACAAUUAGAUAAAUCAUCAGAAAUGUUUGAAAAAUGGCGGAAGCUGCCGAUGCCUCUGCAUUUCAAAGUAUACUUAUUCAAUGUUACCAACGUCGACGAUAUAAUGGCAGGAAGAAAACCAGUGCUGAAUGAAGUCGGCCCCUUUGUGUAUAAAGAAUAUCGGGAGCGAACAAUACUAGGCUACGGUGAUAACGACACCAUAGAAUACACCAUGAAGAAGACAUUUGUAUACGACAAGGAAGCUUCUGGAGGUCUCAGUGAUGACCAAGAAGUCACCAUUAUCAAUUAUUCUUAUAUGAAUGCAAUAUUAACAGCACACGACCUAAUGCCAGGUAUUAUAGGUCUUUUGAAUUCAGCAAUGGGUGCGUUCUUCUCCAGUGAGGUGGUCCCAUUCGUCCAGGUCAAAGCAAAGGACCUGUUCUUUGAUGGAAUCUACCUCAAUUGCGCUUUAAACCAUUCUGCUUUAGCUUUAAUUUGUGGAAAGAUAAAAGCAGACACACCACCCGUGAUGCGGCCAUCUGAAGACAAGAAUGGAUUUUAUUUCUCUAUGUUUAACCACCUGAACAACACAGACUUGGGGCCGUACAGCAUGGUACGCGGCACAGAGAACAUAGGAGACCUCGGCAGAAUCGUGGCUUACAAGAACCAGAGCAACAUGCCCCAGUGGAAGGACCCGUACUGCGGUAUGAUCAACGGCUCCGACGGUUCCAUCUUCCCACCGGUAGAUGGCGAUAACAUUCCCCAAAAAUUGUAUACAUUCGAAGCUGAAGUUUGCAGAUCAUUUUCCGCAACGUAUGUGGGCCGUCGCGAAGUUUACAACAUGAGUGCGCUAUACUACGAGAUAGACAAGAUGGCGUUUGCCGCCAAAAGCGCUAACCCAGGCAAUAAGUGCUUCUGUCAGAAGAAUUGGAGCAGUAAACACGACGGGUGCCUCAUGAUGGGGCUCAUGAACCUCAUGCCAUGUAAAGGAGCGCCCGCCAUAUUGUCUCUGCCUCACUUCUACCUGGCUUCUGAAGAACUCUUAGACUACUUUGAUGGCGGCAUCAAGCCUGACCAUGAUAAGCAUACUAGCUUUGUAUAUAUGGACCCUAAAACCGGCGUAGUAUUGGAAGCGUCUCAAAGGAUACAGUUUAACAUCGAACUGAGGAACAUAGCGGAUGUGCCGCAGCUGCAGACCGUACCAACCGGGCUGUUCCCACUCUUAUGGAUAGAAGAGGGGGCGAGCGUUCCCGAAGACCUACGAGACGAGCUGCAACGGGUUCACACGAUCCUCGACUACGUGGAAGUCGCGCGAUGGCUGAUACUCGUUGGAUGCGCGCUCGCGUGUGUGUUCGCAGCCGUGUGCGUAGCGCGGUCCGGUGUGCGUGUGUGGCCGCGGAACAACCAUUUUGUGCUCAACCCCACUAAUAUUAAUAAACGUUGAAUCUUUUA